AUGAAUAUUUUGAUCUUGUUGCGACAUUCUAGAAUAUGGAAAAGUGAUGUUAUGUAUGAGCGAUACAAAAGUGAUGGGAUAGUGACUGGUGAAAAUAUUUCGUUCAUGAAUCUUAUUUCAGCAAUUGCAGUUGAGCUGGAUAAAGGUGUUGAAGCGAUAAUAAAUUUUGAUGCAACAACAGGUGUCAUCAUGUGUGUUGAGGGUGAAAAAAACGACGCAAAGGCUCUAAAUAUUAUUGAAUCAUCAAUUGAUGAUGCAUAUUACAUACCAGAAAUGGAUGUUGAUAAGUAUAUAUCAAACACCAAUAAUUCAGUUGUGGAAGAAAAUCAUAUGUAUAAGGAUAAUUUAACUCUGAAAGCGGUAAUGGAAAAUUACAAAGUAAAGAAUAGUUUCAACUUUAAAGUUAAAAGAUCUGAUAACAAAAGGAAGAAUUCAGAAACAUUCAUAGUGAGAUACUUUAAUAGUGAACAUACAUGUCCAUUAAGGGAUGAGGUAUUAAGCAAGGUACAAGCCACAGUUGGGUUUGUUAGUGGUGUGACAGCGCCUAAAUUAGGAAAUCAUAAAAGAAAACAUACUCCUAGCGAUAUAAUUGAUAAUAUCAGGGAAAUGUAUGGCGUUGAGAUUUCUUAUCAACAAGCAUGGCACAUAAAAGAGCAUGCAUUGAAACUCAUAAUAGGUAAACCUGCUGUUGGAUACAUAAACAUGCCAAGAUACAUAUAUAUGCUUGAAACUGUGUAUCCAAAUUCAUAUAUAAGGAUGCAUAAGUUUGAAUACAAUGAAUUUGUGUAUCUUUUCAUAUCACAAAGGCCAAUGAUGAGAGGAUUUGAGUUCUGUAGGCCAGUUGUUGUUGUUGAUGUGUCACAUCUUAGUGGAGCUUAUAGGGGUACAUUUGUGUCUGCUAGUACACUCAAUGGAGCAGGUUGCAUAUCGCCUUUGGCGAACGGAAUUGUUGACACGGAGAAUGAUUGUUCAUGGACAUGGUUCUUUCAACAAUUUAAGAAUGCAUUUGGUGAGAGGAAAAAAAUGUGUGUUGUAUCUGACAAAAAUGAAAGCACAAAGAAAGGUCACCUCUGGAAAAAUGUGUGUUCAAACUUUAGGAGAAGCAAGAUCAUUCUAAGUGAUCUGUUUUAUUCAAUUGCUAAGGCUUAUAGAAAAGAUGAUUUUGAAAAAUUUAUGGCUAAAUUGGAUAAAAUAGAUGGAAGAGUAAAAAAGUAUCUUCAAGAUGCUGGGUAUGAAAAGUGGUCUAAAUCUCAUGCAACAGUGAACCGUGGGAGAAUGAUGACUUCAAAUAUAGCUGAAUGUAUCAAUGGUUGCCUUGUUGAUGCACGACAACUACCUAUUAUAGAUUUUUUGGAGGAAGUUAGAAUUCUAUUUGGUUCUUAA